AUGACUGAAAUCUCUCUCCAAGGAUACCCGGUUUUACCCCAAAACCCGAACGGAGCAGGCAUAAAUGUGGCGGUGGCAGGAAAAACUCAUCAAGGAGCACCAGUAAUAUCAGAGAUACGACCAACGACAAGGGAUUUCUACCAACCAUCGAAGAAUGAGGUCAAGUUAGAGGAGGCGGCGGAGGGAGAAACUCAUCAAGGAGCACAAGUAAUACCAGAGAUACGACCAAUGGCGAGGGAUUUCUACCAGCCAUCGAAGAAUGAGGUUAAGUUGGAGGAGGCGGCGGCGGAAGAAACUCAUCAAGAAGCACCAGUAGUACCAGAGAUACGACCAACGGCGAGGGAUUUUUUCUAG